AAGGGACUCGUAAUUGCCGUGAAUUUGGAGCCUACUACUAGUACAUACGUAAAAAUGCUACAAGUAGGGGGACCAAGUUCAACGAAGUUAUGGCUGAAGGCGAACUCCAUCUCAUUUUAUAAGCUGACAGUCCAAAUUGAUGACUAACUAGUUUUAUUCACACAGGUGCAUAUUGUUGACUUUGAAAUUACUUAUCAAAAUUUUCUCCACCCCACCCCCCUCUGUGUGGUUGUCACACCAUCUCUCCACACAUUAACCACCAUGGGAACUCCCCAGUUCUGUUAAUUGUAGCCGCAGCACCCACAUAUACACACCUUUGGGCAUGAAUCACCAACCAACACCAGUAUUAGUCGCCCGCUGCCGACUCUUUUGAAAAGAAAUCUUCUAGUACUUGAAAAGACAAGAAAAGGUAAGAAGAGGACAAGAAGAAAGGAUUCAGUUGGUUUCCGGUGUUCAUACAACUAAGAUAGAUAAUCUGUGACUGUACACUGUCCCAUUAAUUAGCUUCCAUCAUUAUGGAAAAUAAGACAUUGGAGUACUUAGGAAACCCUGAUGAUCAUCAAGAGAGAUUGAUCACCUCCAGCUCUUUAGACUUGAACGACUCCUCUAUUGAGUUCUUCUCAGAGGAUGAUGAAGAAGAAACCAGCUACAUUGAAAUAGCCCUUGAUGAACCACUUGCACUGUCAAUGAUACCCCAGCUAUGCAACCAACAAGGAGAAGGAGAAGGAGAAAACGCGAAAGCAAAAUCAAAAGAAAAGAGUACUACUACCGGUGAUUAUCCUGAUAAUCAGGAAUUAGAGUUUCGGAUAUCCUCAUCCCCUCUAGUUUCAACAUUCCCUGGCUUUCCUUCAUCAACAUCUCCCACCUUGUCUUCUUCCACCAACACCAAUAAUACCACCACUAGUACUAGUUCUUCCGAGUGCAGUCCUGCUGCUGCUGAUGGGUAUGCAAUCAAAUCUCGGGGAUCACCGCCAAAAGGACAUUCCAAGUUUUCACCUAUGCCCAUAAUUGGUUGCACUGGUAAUAACAAAAGAAAGAAGCAGUUUCCAGCAUUCCACCGCCUCUUGAAUGUCUUGCUUUCGGCUUUCAAGCAAUCAUCAUUGGAAAACACCAAGGAAAGUGGCCGCCCUGAUGGUUAUGAUGAUGAUAAGAAAACAGAUUUGAAUGCGACUGGUAGCUCGGAGGUCGUAAGAAACAGGAAAACAUCAGAACCAUUGACAACUGCAGUGAAUAAUGGAGGAGGAGGAGUCAUGAAGUUGAUCAUAAAGUUCAAAUCCAUAAGCAUCCGGUCGGGGGUGGCUUCAUUUUUGAAACCCCAGCAGGGAGUGAUUUCUCCUGGAGGCAACAACACUAGUCAACAGAACAAGAGAGGUCCAAAUAAACAGAGACUAAUUAAGAAUUACCGAAUAAGAAUUAUGAAACUGUUUGACAAACGGACCCCAGUAAAGCCAACAAACCGGCAGGAAGAUCAGUCCAAUUUCAAUAGAAGCAGCAAGAUGGACAAGUACUCUUUGGAUGCAAUAAGGGGGAUGUUGGAGUCUUUAAGUGUGAUGAAGAUUGGGCGUAGCAAAGGCAAACAGAUGAGUAAAAGCUGCUCGAAUUCAAUCAAGGCCUCACCAAUUCACAGAGGAGAAGUACUAGUUCCGAGGGAAGUAAGGAAAACUUACACAAGAGACAACUCAGUCCAGGCUGCAAUUGCACACUGCAAGAGCUCAUUUGGCCAAAUGAACCGCGGAUAAGAAUAUAUUUUUGUGUAUAAGUAUAAUGUACCUCCAAGCCCCUCUUUGGCCUGGAAUAAUAGUUCGACUAGUGAAAAAUGUCUAUGUACUCUUUUUCCCACAUGUAGAGCAGAACGGAAAGAGGUUUUUGUUUGCAUUGUUG